CCGGUCGAAGCCGCAGUAGCUAGGUUCAGUCAAGACUUAGAAAGCCCGCGUUCUGGUCUUGGAGCAGAGAGUCGUCCGUUGAGUUCGCGCCAAGGAAGAUUCUUUGCGCUCGCGCAACGUGCUCAGUUCAGUUCUAGUGCGUACGCGAAACCGUCCGGACGUGUGAGGUGAAACCGUGCAGUGUCUGGUCUUUGCAAGUCGGUUGAAAGUUCGGUUCGGAAGAAGCCUCCAAGUGCACGAGUGUCAUCGCCGGAUUGAGGGCAGAGAAGGUAGUGCUGUACGCGGAAGAUCUCUCUUACAAGGCGGGGUUGCCAGGCGUCGAGUUCUGUAAAUUGAUUCAAUUACCCGGCGAGAAGGGCCUGUAACUACCUUUUAAUCAAUUUGGCCACUUGUGUGGGGAAGUACAGCCGGUGACCAAGUUCUGGACUACCCAACGACAACGCCGGUGACGAUCGAACCCGCCGUUGCAUGCAUCUAAUUGUCGUCGGAAUUUCGCGUUGAGCAGAGGCGAGCUUUUUUGUUUCAAAGAAAAGUUUUUCUCCACCAAAAUCAUUACUUUUGCACGAUAAAUGAAAGCACCGGCACGUGUCAGGGGGGUGUCACUGCGGCAAUUGGAACUCGUGCAAAACAAUAACAUGAUCAGCGGUGGAGCUUUUAAUUGACGGGUUCAGGAUCUUGGAACUCAUUAACGACUGUUGUUUGCGGAUUGCGCACCAGGAGAGAAAUACCAGUGGCAAUUGGUGUGUUUGUGUGUGAAUUGACUGCUCACGUGUCGCUACUUUUGUGCAAGAUUAUCUGAUAGUGGUGUGAACAGGUGUAAUUGCUUCGGAGGAAACAUUUUGGGACAAGUGUGGAGUUCGCGAUGGAUAUCACCUUUGACAACAUCUACUACACCGUUUCGGUGGGGAAAAAAGACAAGAAAACCGUCCUGAAUGGCGUGUCGGGAAAGUUCAACUCGGGCGAGCUGACGGCGAUAAUGGGACCCUCGGGAGCCGGAAAAUCCUCGCUGCUGAACAUCCUCACCGGAUACACGACGAGUGGCGUCAAAGGAUCGCUCAACAUUGGCCGGAACGUCGGGGGCAAUAAAUUGUGCAGCUAUAUCCUGCAGGAGGAUAAUCUGCAUCCGUUCUUCACCGUCCAGGAGAUAAUGAUGAUGGCGUGUGAUUUGAAAAUAUCGUCACGAUGUCUCGAGCAGGAGGACAAGCAGAGGCUGAUUGACAACAUCCUGGACACUUUGCAUCUCAAGUUUACCAAACUGACGCGCUGCGGGAACCUGUCCGGGGGCCAGAAGAAACGUCUAUCAAUCGCCCUCGAGCUUAUCGAUAAUCCGCCGGUGCUCUUCCUGGACGAACCCACCACUGGUCUGGACAGCUCGUCCUCGCUGUACACCAUCAAGCUGCUCCAGCGGCUAGCCCGGGAAGGUCGCACCAUCGUCUGCACCAUCCAUCAGCCGUCCGCGACCGUGUUCGAGAUGUUUGACCUGGUGUACGCGCUCGCCGAUGGCCAUUGCGUGUACCAGGGCUCGUCCCUCAACACCGUCCCCUAUCUGCACUCGGUCGGGCUGCAGUGUCCCCAGUAUCACAACGCGGCCGAUUAUCUCCUGGAGGUGGCCAACAAGGAGUACGGCAAUUUCACGAACGCCCUCUCGAAAGCGGCCAUUGAUUGCCACUGGCGGAAGCCGGAAACGUUGCUCGCGCCGGUGGCAGUGUUACCACCCCACUAUUUGGCGUACGACCGGAAUCACAACGGCGACGAGAAGGUGGCAGUCCUGCCACCGGUCUACGGCGGCGGCAGCAACCUUAGCCUGGACAUGCCUGCAAAGUGCACUGCCGAUGGAGGAGUCAGCAAACACCGGACACCGAUGCGAAGGCCGUCCGAAUUCACCAAACUGUUGAUCCUGAUGAAGCGGUGCAACGUGCAGCUGUACCGGGAUUGGACCGUAACCCACCUGAAACUCUUUUUCCACGUCGUGUGCGCCAUCGUGGUGGGGCUGCUGUUCGGCGACUCCGGCAUCAAUGCAACGAAAACAAUCUCCAACAUUGCCUCGUUCCUGGUGCACAUCCUGUACCUGUGGUACACCACCCUAAUGCCGGGGGUGCUCAAGUUUCCGUCCGAAAUGAAGAUUCUACGCAAAGAAUCUUUCAACAAUUGGUACAAAAUCAGGACAUACUUUGUGGCGGCCAUGUUGACGACACUACCCGUUCAGAUCUUCUUCUCGAUGGUGUACAGCUCGAUAGUGUUCACGCUGACGAAGCAGCCACUGGAGUGCGAACGCUUCCUGAUGUUCAUGGCGGUCCUCGUGAUGACCACGGUCGUGGCCGACGGAUACGGCGUCUUUCUGGGGACGUUCCUCAAUCAAAUCAACGGAACCUUCAUCGGGGCCAUCACCACGUGCUACAUGAUAGUGUUCUGCGGUUUUCUCAUCAUGUUCAGCCACAUGUCGGAGCUGAUGAAGGCGUUCAGCUACUUGUCGACGCUGCGGUACGGCCUGGAGGGGCUGGUGCUGGCCACGUACGAUAACGGCCGCACCAACAUGAUGUGCCCGGACGAGGAGAUGUACUGUCACUACGUGAAAGCCUCCACAAUACUGAAGGAUCUCGGCAUGACGCCGGAGAACUAUCUGUUCAACAUCCUGAUGCUGGCGGUGCAGUUUGUGAUCAUCAAGGUGAUUGGCUUCUGGUCGUUGAAGCGAAAGCUGCGCUGUGGCUAACGAGGGGAGGAUAGGAGUAACUCUAGCAACUCAAUGCUCCACUAGGAGGAAUCAAUCACCAAAAUUGCCAAAUUUUGCCCUUCAAAUCACUUUUACCGCGACCACCGGUUGGUAUGCGCGUGUGGUUUGGAUUUUUUAGGUAGAAGAGUGUAAAUUCUCUUGGGAGGUGUGCACGAAUGCUGACACUAACUGUGAGAUAUUUCAGCAAAAGUAGGGUAGGUUUUUUAGAGGAACACUUUUUUUACUGUAACGGAUUGUAGAACAUUCCAUUUGAGUUAGGGAAGAAGAAGAAGACAAAUACACAAAAACACACAAACACA